AUGACCUUCGGGCGCGGCCGGGCGGCCUCGGUGGUGCUGAACGUGGGCGGCGCCCGGUACUCGCUGUCCCGGGAGCUGCUCAAGGACUUCCCGCUGCGCCGUGUGAGCCGGCUGCACGGCUGCCGCUCGGAGCGCGACGUGCUCGAGGUGUGCGACGACUACGACCGGGAGCGCAACGAGUACUUCUUCGACCGGCACUCGGAGGCCUUCGGCUUCAUCCUGCUGUACGUGCGCGGCCACGGGAAGCUGCGCUUCGCGCCGCGGAUGUGCGAGCUCUCCUUUUACAACGAGAUGAUCUACUGGGGUCUGGAGGGCACGCACCUGGAGUACUGCUGCCAGCGCCGCCUAGACGACCGCAUGUCCGACACCCACACCUUCCACGCGGCAGACGAGCUGGGCCGCGAGCAGGCUCGCCCGGCCGGUUCCGAGGCGGCUCCCUCCCGGCGCUGGCUGGAGCGCAUGCGGCGCACCUUCGAGGAGCCCACGUCGUCGCUGGCCGCGCAGAUUCUGGCCAGCGUGUCCGUGGUGUUCGUGAUCGUGUCCAUGGUGGUGCUGUGUGCCAGCACGCUGCCCGACUGGCGCGCAGCGGCCGCCGACAACCGCAGCCUGGAUGACCGGAGCAGGUACUCCGCCGGCCCUGGGAGGGAGCCCUCCGGGAUAAUUGAAGCUAUCUGCAUAGGCUGGUUCACCGCGGAGUGCAUCGUGAGGUUCAUCGUCUCCAAAAACAAGUGUGAGUUUGUCAAGAGACCCCUGAACAUCAUUGACUUGCUGGCAAUCACGCCCUAUUACAUCUCUGUGCUAAUGACAGUGUUUACAGGCGAGAACUCGCAGCUCCAGAGGGCUGGAGUCACCUUGAGGGUGCUCCGAAUGAUGCGGAUCUUCUGGGUGAUUAAACUCGCCCGGCACUUCAUUGGUCUGCAGACGCUGGGUUUGACUCUCAAGCGAUGCUACCGAGAGAUGGUUAUGUUACUUGUCUUCAUCUGUGUUGCCAUGGCAAUCUUUAGUGCACUUUCUCAGCUUCUUGAACACGGGUUGGACCUGGAAACAUCCAACAAGGACUUCGCCAGCAUCCCCGCUGCCUGCUGGUGGGUGAUUAUCUCCAUGACUACAGUUGGCUAUGGAGAUAUGUAUCCUAUCACAGUGCCUGGAAGAAUUCUUGGAGGAGUUUGUGUUGUCAGUGGGAUUGUUCUGUUGGCAUUACCUAUCACUUUCAUCUACCAUAGCUUUGUGCAGUGUUAUCACGAGCUCAAGUUUAGAUCGGCUAGAUAUAGUAGGAGCCUCUCGGCUGAGUUCCUCAAUUAAUGUGUUGUGAAUCAAUCCUUGCUCACACUUGAUUUGAUUGAGAGUUGACACGACUUCUUAUUCAUGUGUUUCUCCCUGGGUGA